AUGAACUCCUUCUCAGUGUUCUUAGUGUUCGCUUUGGCAGCACUGGCCGCUGCGGAGCCUCCAUCGGGCUACAAUUAUCCCCGAGGAGGCGGAGGUGGCGGUGGCGGCGGUUUCGGAGGCGGCUUUGGCGGUGGCUCUUCGUUCGGCGGUGGUGGCGGCGGAGGCGGUGGCUAUCAGGCUGUCAGUGGAGGCUUCCAGACUUCUGAGGGUCAGAAUGUCGAUCCCCAGCUGUUGGAGCAAGUGCGUCAAAUCCUUUUGAACGAGGAGAGCAAGCAGGGCGGCGGCGGCGGAGGUGGCGGUGGUGGUGGCGGAUAUCCAAGUGGUCCAUCCUCCAGCUAUGGUCCUCCAUCCUCCAGCUACGGUGCGCCGGGUAUCGGAGGCGGCGGCGGACGCGUCGUAGGCAUCGAUCUUGAAGGUGUUCGUCAGGCCAUCCAGGUGGCACAAUUCGCACAGCAGAGCACACAGAAUGGUGGUGGUGGUGGUGGCGGUGGUGGUUACCCUAGUGCCCCGUCCGGUUCAUACGGUGCCCCCUCAAGGCCCAGCGGCAGCUAUGGUUCGCCCUUCUAA